AUGGAGCACCUAACUUCUGAUUCAGUAUAAAGACUCUGCGAAAAUCCAGAAUGCAGAAAACCAGCGACUCUGUAAUGUCCUACAUGCGUUAAAUUAGGAUUAGACCCCAGUUACUUCUGUGAUCAAGAAUGCUUCAAAGGUUUUUGGAAUUUCCACAAGUUAUUACAUAAAAAGAAGGAGACAGUAAAAGAUGAUGGGUAUAAAUAUUCAGGACCUCUUCGUCCAUUUCCAUAUAGUUUCUCAGGACAUAGAAAGGUGCCAGAUCACAUUAAAAAGCCAGAAUAUGCAAAGUCAGGUCUUCCUAAGCAAGCUUCUGAUAAGUAUGUUCCUGUUAUAAUGGAUGAGGAGCUUGAGUAAUUGAGAGAUACUUGCAAGUUAGGUAGAGCUGCUUAAGAUCUUGGGCAUUAAGCUGUUGCUGUAGGUGUGACAACAGAGGAAAUUGAUAGAAUUGUGCAUGAAUUUAUAAUUGAUAAUGAUGCCUAUCCAUCACCUUUGAACUAUCAUGCUUUCCCUAGAAGUUGCUGUACUUCUAUAAAUGAAGUUAUUUGCCACGGUAUUCCUGAUUCAAGACCUCUAUAAGAUGGUGACAUCAUAAAUCUUGAUAUCAGUGUUUACAAAAACGGAUUUCAUGCAGAUCUAAAUGAGACUUAUCUAGUAGGUAAUUUCAGUGAGUCAUCAAGGAAGCUUGUUGAAGCUACAUAUGAAUCUUUGAUGAAGGCUAUAGAUUAUUGUAAACCAGGAAGCAUGUAUAGAGAAUGUGGUAAUGUAAUCAGCAAUCAUGUUGAACCUUUGGGAUAUUCUGUAGUAAGAACAUAUUGCGGUCAUGGUGUUGGAUCAACAUUCCAUUAAGCUCCAAACAUACCUCACUAUGCUAAGAAUAAAGCAGUAGGAUUCAUGAAGCCUAUGAUAAAUUAAGGUGUUUGGAAAGAUAUGACUUGGAAUGAUGGCUGGACUUCAACUACAGUCGACGGCUAAAGAUCUGCUCAAUUUGAACAUACAAUGGUAAUUACAGAUGAUGGAGUUGAAGUGCUUACUGCAAGAAAUGAGAAUUCUCCACCCUUGGAAUUCCAAAUUAAUAUGGGAUGA